AUGCAUAAAUCGUCUAAUAAAAGUUCAUUUAAUACUUCUUACUAGGAAAAUUAUAAGCAAAUAUAACCAAAUCACUCGUAAAACUGCAGCUAAAAAGAAUAGAAGUCAGCAUAGUAGGAUCAAACCCAGUUGCUUGUUUGGGGAUAUGAUUCACAUGGAUAAUUGGGUCUUGGCUAAAAACAACAGGGAGGGAAUUGCUACUUUUCGCCAAAGUUUUGCUGCUUUAACAUUUCAAUUUAGUAGAUUUCUUGCGGUUUAGAGCACUCAGCUUUUCUUGCUCAUAAUGGAAAUGUUUAUAUGAUAGGUAGUAAUAAACAAGGUUAACUAGGUAUAGGAUCAAAGGAGACAUUAUCUAGGUCUGUGCCUGUUUUGCUGGAAUCGCUAGGAAAACAUACUAUUGUUAAAGUAUCUUGUGGUGGAGGUCAUAGCGGAGCUAUAAGCAGCAGGGGAUUUGUAUUUUUGUGGGGAGAAGGAAUCGAAGGCUAAUUAGGCACUGGAAAGCAAGAAAACAUUUAUUCCCCGACUCAAUUGGAAGUAUUUAGCUGUAGAAACAUAAGCUGUGGCAAAAAAAAUACCAUAUUAUUAUCAGGAUAAAAGGCAUAUGGAUUUGGAGACUGUAGACAAGGCUAGCUUGGUACUGGAAGGAGAGUAAUUGAGUAUUGUCCUGCUGAAAUACCUCUUCCAUCAUUUGAAGGACAUCUAAAAUCAGUCAGCUGUGGUGAUAAUCACACGCUUUUUCUAACAGACCAAGGAGAAGUAUUUGCUUGUGGUAACAAUUCUUUUGGCUAACUAGGAACUGGCUAAGAGGUUAAAUCGAGUCUUUAUCUAACUAAAAUUCGCAUAAAAUAAUAACACCAAAUAUCUUCUAAUCUUUAUAACUCAAGAAUUAUUUCUGUUAAGGCUGGAUAUGCUCCUUCUUCAAUAGCUCUUACAGAUGACGGGAGAUUGUAUGUUUGGGGCACAGCUUUCUUUGGGUAUUUUGAUGAGCCAUAAUUAAUUUAGACUGAUGGCAUUUUUUGGAAAGGAUUCAGUUAAGGGAAUAAUUUUAUUUGUCUGACAGAUGAUUAAGGAAAAGCUUAUUCUUGGGGAUAAAAUAUCAAUGGAGAAUUAGGUUUAGGAUUGCAUCCAAGCCAUCAAUAAUAAGCUUAUCCUUAGGAAAUUCAAAUAAAUAUGGAAGAUAAAUAUGUUAAGAAAAUAGAAUGUGGAUAACACUUUUCAUUUGCAGUAUUGUCGAAUCGAUAGAAUAUUGUUAAUAAUACAUUUAAUAACGAGUAAGAAGAUAUUUGCAGUCAAUUUAAUUCACAUAAAAAUUCAUUCAUUUCAAGUUAGCAUAGAACUUCAAUUAACAAAAAACAUUAAAUGCUCGCUGAACAAAUCAACUAAUUUUCUUAGUAAAUUUAAAAAUUCUAAAGCGACUAUCCCUCUGUUCUAAACAAGAAUUAAAUAUAAGAAAAUAAUCAAGAAAAUGAAUUUAAUUUUAAUAAUAAUUAUUAUUAAUAAACUGAUUAGAUUCAAUAAAAAAGGUAAAGUACUAACAGUAGCUUUAGCUAGAAUAUUUUACAAAUAGAUUCGUUCGAAGAAUAAAAUAAAGUUUUCGAUAAUUAGCAAAUUAAAAAAAACAACAGAAGCAUAAGUGCUUGCUUAAAUAAUUGCUAAAAUAGAUAAUAAUAAGAAAUUUAACAAAAGAAGAAUUUAAGAUUAAAUACACAAGGUAAUAAUGCUUUAAUUGAAAGGUGUGAAACAGAAUAAGUUAAGCAGAUGUCGAAUAAAAACUAAGGAAUGAUCAAAUUAGAUCAAAUUUUACCAAAUUAUUUUACUAAUCACAGAGUUCUUACUGAAUCAGCAGACUUUUCUGUCAAUAAUAUCAAUAGAUUCUAAA